AUGGAUGAUGCCAUACCGAUCGUGGAACCAACACUUGUGUCUCGUAAGCAAUCUCGAGGGCUGGGUACUGCUGCCGAAUAUCAACCCCUCGCUCCCCCCGAGAAGCCAGCAACACUCGCGGUACGAGAAUCGGACAGCAUCGAACCACUCGGAGGGCUUUCACCGAAAGUGGAGUCACGGGUGUCAGCCAUGCGACGCCGUUCAUCUGUCGCGCGCGACCGUUGGGCGACAAAAAUGGAGUUUCUUUUGGCGGUGAUUGGCUACGCCGUCGAUCUGGGCAAUAUUUGGCGAUUCCCAUCGGUUUGCUAUAAACACGGCGGAGGCGCGUUCCUAAUCCCAUACCUGGUGAUGUUGCUGGUGGGAGGCUUGCCAAUGUUCUACAUGGAGUUGGCCCUUGGUCAGUUUCAUCGGUCAGGCUGUGUCAGCAUUUGGCGGAAGGUGUGCCCGCUCUUCAAAGGCAUUGGAUACGGUAUCUGCUUCAUCUGCACGUUCAUCGCCUGUUUCUACAAUGCCAUUAUCGCACAUGCUGUCUAUUUUGUUGCAAGCUCUAUUGCGGUGAGUGUCUCCUAA